CGGGGUUCAAGCUACGUGAACAAGUUUAGUUUUUUAUUAGAACCAAAUUAAACAUCAUAGUUUGAACCAUCUGAUGACGUAGCGGCGCCAACGGGUACAGGAGGCGCGGGCGCGCAUCGUGUUUUCGUAGCCGUCAUAGCAUUGUGUAGGCAAAAGGCAACCCACUGUCAGACAGAACAGCGAGUCAGUCGUUCGUUUGUCGCCCGCGCGCGCUCCGUGUCGCUGCCCGUUGUAGAAAACUCUCGUCUAAACAUCGCAUAAUCUAACCCAAUAUCGCUAUUGGGUGAUAACUUAUCAUGUGCUAUGACGCGACGAUAUAUUUUAAAGUUCUCUCAAGAUAAGCGACAGUGUGGUGAUUAAAUUAUAUUGUGCACGGUUAGAGAAUGUGUGCGCACUGACGUUCUCACUAAAGGAAAACUUAUUACCGUUACGUAGUGCUCUUUUACUAUGUCGUUAUUUAAGAAGAAGGCGCCUAAAUACACGCCGCCUCCAGUGCCACAGUCUCCUGUCGAGGAGCCUCAGCAAGCAAACGGAGUGGACAAUAACAAUGGAGCACAGAAGUCACAGUUGGUGUUCCACUGUCAGCAGGCUCACGGGAGCCCCCUUGGACUCAUUUCUGGAUUUUCUAAUGUCAAGGAGCUUUAUCAAAAGAUAGCGGAAUGUUACGAUUUUCCACCAGACGAGAUUCUAUUUUGCACGCUGAAUACUCACAAAGUGGAUAUGAAGAAACUACUAGGCGGACAAAUAGGAUUAGAAGAUUUCAUAUUUGCACAUAGAAAAGGUCGUCCUAAAGAAAUAGAAAUCGUUAAAACUGAAGAUGCUUUGGGAUUGACAAUAACAGACAAUGGUGCUGGAUAUGCUUUUAUAAAAAGGAUAAAAGAAGGUUCUAUUGUAGCGAGAAUACCACAUAUCGAGGUCGGAGACCACAUUGAGAAGCUGGAUGGAGAAAAUAUGGUUGGCAAAAGGCAUUAUGAAGUCGCAAAGAUUUUAAAGGACAUUCCAAAGGGAACUACUUUUACGAUUCGAUUAGUCGAACCACUUAAAAGCGGAUUCGCAAGUAUUGGACCAAAGACAAGUGGAGCAAAAUCUGGAAGAAAACAGAACUACGGAUCCGGCAAAGAGACAUUACGGUUUAAAGCCAAUGGCCAGGCAACAAUAGAAAAUGACCAUGAUGAAAGAUCGAAAGCUGGCAUCGAGAAAAUCAACAGUUUACUAGAAUCGUUCAUGGGCAUCAACGAUUCCGAGCUAGCAUCGCAGAUGUGGGAUCUUGCCGAAGGAAAAACAAACUCCAUGCAGCUAGCGGAAGCCAUCGAUAAUAGUGACUUACAAGAAUUCGGAUUCACGGACGAGUUUAUAAUUGAAUUAUGGGGUGUUAUUACUGAUGCUAGAUCUGGUAGACUCAGUUAGAAACUUUUACCUAUAUUUUUUAAGAUUAAUAACACGAAUGUUUAUGUAGAUAAAAGUUGCCUUAAUAGAUAUUAUAAAUUGAUAAUUUUAGACUCUCGUAAUAACGGUCAGUGACCUACUUUGAAUGACUGCAUGAAGCAUUAUUUAACUUCAUAAACCGCCGCUAUUUCGAUCCGUUGAAAAUAUGAAUCCCUACUUGUUUCGUUAGACAGCAGCGGUUCUGAUAUUAUUAGUUUUACACUUGAAGUACUCUGCUAUUCUUGGAACAAAUUUACAUUCCUAGAACCGGUCCUGUUAAUGAAAUAAUUGGAAGUUCCACCUGUUGUUAAACCAAAUAAAACCACUUGGUACUUUAAUAGUCCCGUUGUGCUAAAGUUGCUCUCCCCGCUUGAGAGGCUGCAGCCAGUUCCACGUGGUGCAUUCUGUCUAUUUAAAUGUUGAAACAAUUUAAACUUUAUUUUAUACUCAUAUACUUACUACACUA